AUGCAAAACUUAGACACACAUAAUCUUCAAUUCACACUUCAAAUGCGAUUCCAAAUUCGUUACAUUGAUGAUCGUCUAGAAUUCAGUAAAGUUGGAUCAAAUCAAACAGAACCAAUAAUUGGCGAAAAGGAUAUCCGGGAUCAAUUGUGGACACCUCACAUCUUCUUUGUUAAUGAAAAGACUUCGGGAACUUUGGGAACCGAUAAUCGAGACAUCAUCACAGCAAUCCAUCCUAAUGGAACUGUUAUAAUUUCAUCAAGGAUCCAAGAAACUCUUUACUGCUCUAUGAAAUUUAAGAAUUUUCCAUUUGAUCAACAACAUUGCAAAUUAACAAUUGGAAACUGGAUAUACAAUUCAUCUCAAGUAAAACUGCAUUGGGAGUCAAUAAGGCCAUUCACGAUUGGGUCUGAUAAAAUUCUUACUGAAUAUACUUACAUGAAUACAAUUACAAAUGAAUCGGAAAUUAAUGCAUCUCAAGUUGGUCAACAAUAUGGAGACUUUACUGGAAAUUACAGUACCUUGAUAUUUGUAAUGAACCUUGAUCGUUCAAUUGGAUAUUACUUACUAGAUUACUAUUUUCCAUCAAUAAUGUUGGUUGCUAUUUCUUGGGUAUCAUUUUGGCUUCAAGCUGAUCAAGCUGCACCUCGCGCAAUGUUGGGUACGACAGCAAUGCUUACAUUCAUCACACUUUCAUCAUCUCAGACUAAGACACUUCCAAAAGUCAGCUACAUAAAGUCAUCAGAAAUUUGGUUUAUCGUCUGCGCAAUGUUUAUUUUUGCCAGCUUGAUUGAGUUCGCAUUUGUGAAUUUGUUAUGGAGAAGAAAGAAGAAUGUUUUAUUAGAAGAGGUUACAACUGCAAACAUUCUCAAAGAGACACUAACGCCAAUGAUGUUACGCAGAAGUCUUGACUCAAAUUCUGGAUCAUUAAGAAGAGCUCAGUCAGACACAUCAUUAGACAGGUUCAAUCGAGAGGAUUUAACAGUUAAAAAUAACAAUUUUGGAAUCAAUCUUACAGUUCCGAAUCAAAUGAACAAUCAACUUUCAAUACCUACUGUAAGCAAGGAUACAACAGAUAGUAAUAAAACUAUAACUGACAUAAAAGUUUCAAUUCCAACUACAACUGAGCCAUCAGUACCGAAGAAAAAGAAGAAAUUUACAACACUGACUCAUCAAGAGAUUGCAAUUUUACUUGACAAAGAAGCUCGUUUGGUGUUUCCAUGUGCAUUUCUCUUUUUCAAUGUUGUUUACUGGAUUUUCGUUAAUAUUUAA